AUGGAGCGCACUGAGCUCUCCUCCUCCUCCUCCACCUCUGAAGUCGUCAUGCAGAAGAAAGGCGCAGCCUCCAGCCGCGCGCAGAGCCGCGUGGACGAGUCUGGCUCGCGCGCCUCUAGCCACGCCGCCACGGAGGAGGCGGAGGACGGAGAGGGAGAGGCUAAGUUUCAGCCUGCGAGGCUCAGACGCGGAGGAGCAGGAGGAGGAGGAGGAAGCAUCCGGAUGAAAAACUUUAGCGCUACGGAGAGGAAGGAGCAGCCGGCGCGUGCCGGUGAUGCUCCGGGACGAAACGAAACGGACGACGGCGGCGGCGGAGGAGGAGGAGGAGGAGGAGGCGGAGGAGGUGGAGGAAAGACAACAACUUCAUCCGUGACGCCGGAAGGACCGGCCGAAGCACCGGCACCGUCCGGCACCAAGUGCAGCAAGAACGGCGAGUGCCGGCGGGACUCUGGCGCGAGCAGCCUCCGCUCCAUCAUGUCCCGACAGGACGGUGGACCCAGGCGCGCCGCGUGCAACUCCACGGCCAGCGCGGAUGGCCCCAGCACGCCCGCCGGUGACCGGGACUUCCCGGACAAGAGGGACCCGCGCGUGUCGUUCUCCAACGCGCCCAGCCGCAAAGCGUCCUCUGCGGCGCACGGAGCGCAGCAGCCGCGCAGCUCCGUCACCUUCCUCAAGUCUGAGGACGGAGUGCAGGCGGCGGCGGGCGGAGAGGACGCGGAGGUGCGCGGCAGCCAGGGCAGCUUCAUGCAGAGGCAGUUCGGGAGCAUGCUGCAGCCGGGGGUCAACAAGUUCUCCCUGCGCAUGUACGGCAGCCAGAAGGCCGUGGAGAGAGAGCAGGAGCGGGUGAAGAGCGCGGGAAACUGGAUUAUUCACCCCUACAGUGACUUCAGGUUCUACUGGGAUUUUACAAUGCUGCUUUUCAUGGUGGGCAACCUGAUCAUCAUCCCUGUGGGCAUCACCUUCUUCAAAGAUGAGACCACCACGCCUUGGAUCAUCUUCAAUGUGGUCUCCGACACCUUCUUUCUCAUGGACCUGGUGCUCAACUUCCGCACAGGCAUCAUCAUAGAGGAGAGCUCGGACAUAAUCCUGGACCCCAAGACCAUCAAGAAGAAGUACCUGAAGACCUGGUUCGUGGUGGACUUCGUUUCGUCCAUCCCCGUGGAUUACAUCUUCCUGAUCGUGGAGAAGGGAAUAGACUCGGAAGUGUACAAGACGGCGCGGGCCUUGCGGAUCGUGCGCUUCACAAAGAUCCUCAGCUUGUUGAGGCUCCUGAGACUCUCCAGGCUCAUCCGUUACAUUCACCAGUGGGAGGAGAUCUUCCACAUGACGUAUGACCUGGCGAGUGCUGUGAUGCGGAUCUUUAACCUGAUCGCCAUGAUGCUGCUGCUGUGCCACUGGGAUGGCUGCCUGCAGUUCCUGGUGCCCAUGCUGCAGGAUUUCCCCUCCGACUGCUGGGUCUCCCUCAAUAAGAUGGUGAAUGACACAUGGAGUGAGCUGUACUCGUUUGCUGUGUUUAAGGCGAUGAGUCACAUGUUGUGUAUAGGCUAUGGGCGGCAGGCUCCGGAGAGCCUGUCCGAUAUUUGGCUGACCAUGCUCAGCAUGAUCGUGGGAGCCACCUGCUACGCUGUCUUCAUCGGCCACGCCACCGCCCUCAUCCAAUCACUGGACUCCUCUCGCCGCCAAUACCAGGAGAAGUAUAAACAAGUGGAGCAGUACAUGUCCUUCCACAAACUUCCGGCAGACUUCCGACAAAAAAUCCAUGAUUACUAUGAGCACCGCUACCAGGGAAAGAUGUUCGAUGAGGAGAGCAUCCUGGAGGAGCUGAAUGAGCCACUCAGAGAGGAAAUAGUGAACUUCAACUGCCGGAAGCUGGUGGCCUCCAUGCCUCUGUUCGCCAACGCUGAGCCCAACUUUGUGACAGCCAUGCUGACUAAGUUGCGCUUUGAGGUUUUCCAGCCCAGAGAUUACAUCAUCCGCGAGGGCACCAUCGGCAAGAAGAUGUACUUCAUCCAGCACGGCGUGGUCAACGUCCUGACCAAAGGAACAGUGGGAAUGAAGCUUUCCGAUGGCUCUUAUUUUGGAGAAAUCUGUUUGUUGACACGAGGUCGGCGAACGGCGAGUGUUCAGGCAGAGACGUACUGCCGCCUCUACUCGCUCUCAGUGGACCAUUUUAACGAGGUGCUGGAGGAGUACCCCAUGAUGAGGAGAGCUUUCGAGACUGUUGCCAUUGACAGGCUUGACCGUAUAGGUAAGAAGAACUCUAUAUUAAUGCACAAAGUGCAGCACGAUCUCAACUCGGGUGUCUUCAACAACCGUGAGAAUGAGAUGAUCCAGGAGAUUGUCAAGUACGACCGCGAGAUGGUGAAGCUUGUGGACCUGCAGCGCCCACGAGCCAUGUCCAUGACGCCUUCCAUCCCCGGAGGCAUCUUUGCCCCUCCUGGUCAAUCCCAGGGUGCCUCCGCCAUCGCCACCCUCCAGCAAGCCGUAGCCAUGAGCUUCUGCCCCCAGAUGGCCAGCCCUCUGGUGGGGCAGGGCGCGCUGCAGUCUCCCCGAAUGGUCCGACGCUUCCAAGCCAUCCAAAACCUUUCCAGCCCUGUGUCCAUCUCUCCCAUGCAGUCGCAGCCGCCAGGUCCAAUUGCCGGGGGAGCCUAUGCUUCUGCGGCCACUUCCAGCCCGCCAGUGCAGAGCCCAUUAGCAGCAAUGGGUGGCCGGACAUUCCAGUAUGGCUGCAGCCCAAUGGGUGGGCGCACGGGAUCUCAAUUGUCCCUAAUCCAGCAACAUGUGCCCAGUCCUACUCGGGCCACCCCACAGAAGAGUACCCAUUCCUUGCAGCAUGGGGGCAGCCUAAGCCAGGAUGCCCGGGCCUUGUCCGCUUCCCAGCCUUCCCUGCCCCAGGAUGGCCCACCAGCUGUGGGCCCCAGCCCACCACCAUCAACCCAUGUAUCCUCUACGUCCAUUGGUCCACCACAAGCCCCUCACCCUGCCAUUCCUGGGCCUUCUGGAGUUAGAAGUGCUGUGCCUCAAAGAAUGGCAUUGCCCCACCAGACAUCAGCAGCAGGACCUGCUUACCCCUCCACUCCACCCCCUGUGGGUACCCCUCCGGUGGCCAGUGGAGCAGGUGUUGCAGGACAAGGUCAUCUUGACCCAAUAGUGCACAAGAAAGAUUCAAUAGUUAGUCUCCCAGAAACGGACUCAGCUAGAUCCAGGCUGUCCUCGAACCUCUGA